GAACUGUCAUUGCGAGCAAGCAACAAUUACAGCGAGUUAUUUUCUACUGCUCGGAGACAUUUCGCUUCGAAAAGCGUUAGGCCUAAUUAGCCAACAUGGUGCGAGUGUGUAUUCAACAGAUAGAGUGGAGAAAUUAUAUCAUUUGGAAUAUACUUCUGAUUUUAUUUUCCAAAGAUGUGCAUGGAUUUGUCAAUGUUCGUCUUGAGAAUGGGAAUGGAAAUGGAGCGCAUGAAGGGAGCGUUGAGAUCACUACUGAUCUAUACAACUGGCAAAUAAUAUGCGGAAGCAGCGAAUUCGAUAUUCUGGAUGUCAUCGUGAUUUGCCGGCAACUCGGUUAUCCUGGUGCUAACAGGGCUUUGACGAGCAGUCCGUACCCGGCAGGCAAUUACCCGAUGUCUACGACCGCGUUCCAUUGCUCUGGGAAUGAAUAUCAUCUAAAUAACUGUUCCUACACCGAAACCGUAUGUGCAUCUCGACAGGUAGCCGGUGCUGUAUGCUACAGACGGGAUAGCGGAUACAUGGGCUGUUUUACCGACCGGUUCACCGAUCCGGUUUUGACGGGAGUAGUCGUAGCCGACCUGGUUAUGACGCGUUCUCGAUGUGUGGAUUUCUGUAUCAGAAAUGGAUUCGUGUACGCGGGGUUGAAGUUCGGGACAAAGUGUACUUGCGGGACUGAGGGUGCCGAUUACUCGAGGUACGGGAGAAUAAGUGAUUCGCAAUGUCAUUAUCCGUGUGGGGGAGCUCCUUCAGAAAGCUGUGGAGGAUACGAGGCACUCGCUGUUUUCAAAGUUGCGAGUGAUAGACCAAGGCCUACAAGUCGUCCAAUAACAACUCUGACGUCAUUUUAUCAAAACAAACGGACCACGACGAAAGACACUGGAUACAACCGUACACAACCGGAAGUCACAUAUGGUUACCCAAGCACCCCCGCGGUGACGGUCAGGAUGGUGGCAAAGGAAGGAAAUUUCAUCAACCAGCCCUCCGGUAUAGCUGUUGUCAUUUCAUUAUCAGUUAUUACAGUUUUCCUAGUAUUGGCAGUCGUCUUCCUCGUGCGAAGAAGGUCAUCACCACCUGAUUCUAAACGAAAGCCCAGUAAUCGUCCUUACGAAGAAAUAACCCUCGACAUUCAAGAAAUAGAAACCCCGGAAACGACGCCAAACAGUUACUGUGAAAACGGGGAUGUUCCUCUGAGUACACCGUUAGUUAUCACACCUAGGAGCCAUACAUACGAGCAGGCCGACCUGUUUUCAUACGGCGAAAGGAAUUCCGAAAUGUACAGCACCGUCCCAGACGUGGUUUCCGCAAGUUCGUCAUCGGCUCCGGAAAGCCGAAGCAAGCCGAUGACUCCUCCGGCAAUUCGCGAUCUCUACGCGAAGCCGCAUAAGGAGAGGGCGCGGCGCGUGCCGAGGAAAGACACGGGUUAUGAGACGAUUGAAGACGAGGACUUACGAGUCGACCCAAACAGCUACCUCGGAGGUGGUCGGGGGAUUCCCGAUGGGGAUGGUGGAACCGAGACCAGCCACACCGGGUAUUCGACCAUAGAAAAUGGCGGGGAUCUCGAGGAGAGCUUGAACCUUGAUGAAAUGUAUGCGAAACCUCUGAAGAAAGAACAUCGAAAGGUUGUUCGAGAGGACAGCUUUGACGAGACUUGCAUGGUUGAAAAUGAACUUUAUACAUCAACUGACUCAUAACCCCGUUAAGAAUAUUUGAACAUUGUAAUAAGUAAUUAUUUAUUGAGUACCUAUGGACUUCAUGCAUAAUUUCGAUAUAUAAAUGUGACGUUUCCCAGUAAUGCAAAAAUUAGAUUUGCCUACUCUCACAAUUAUAGAUGAGGAAGGGUCUUUAUCCUGGAGACAUCAAAAUCUUGAUGAGAACUUGUUCAUGACAUCAUUUCAUUUUUUGAAGGCACUCGGAUUGUUUGCGAAUGUGGAGAAUCUUCGGAAAGUCGACAGUCUUUCAAGAAUAAGCCCUACGCCUCUUGAUUGAAAGUCUUAGUCUUAGGUUGUUCCUAUAUAACAUUAUUUUUUCUCGUUCAAUCUAAUAAAAAGAGGCUUGGACAUUUUAAAACUUUUUACAAUGAGCAUGCCAAACGGAAAAGUUGAAUCUUCAAGAAAGAACGAGUUAAGUAAAGAAACGACAAGUCACUUGAACUGCCAAGACCCAUUUUCUCUGCCAUAAGCAUGGGCAAGAAUAUCGUCUAAAUAAUUUCUACAUUGUACUCAGAUUAAAGUCUGUGAUAUUUAUAGAGUGUGUUUCUGGGCCUCGUCUUCCAAAGAGUUACGACUGAUCAGAUCAACCUCAGCUAUAUGGAAAUCCAUCAAUGUCUUAUUUUUUUCUACAGGCAUCUUGCACAAUGUUCUUUGCAAACAAAGAGAAGCACACUUCUUUCAAGAAAAAUGAUGAAUGUAUGAUUAUGCAUCAUCGAAAAUAUUUUGAACAAACUCAUUUUCAUCAAUCGUAGCUAUUAUGUGAGACGGGGCCCAGAUGGAAGCAAAUACAACUCGAAUGUAAACGUGACAUUUUUCUUCUGGAAGUUUGCAUUUACACCGUGCCCGAUAGCCCAACGAUUGCCGAUACUGGUUGAACAUUGAAAUACGCAUCAUGCACUGCAGCAAGAGAUCCUCAAUCUGUGACUGGUCCGCCAUACUUUGCAAUGCCCAUUCUUUAAGAUUUAAUUAAUAGCUCCUUCUUCCAAUAUUUGAAGUUGAGUUUUUUUACCCAUCACUCGUUCACUAUACUCCAUAGAUGACGACAUUUUUUUAUGAAUUUGAAAGAAAAGACAGGGAAAUGCAGAGAUGCCAAGUUCAAAGACCAGCUAUGCGUGAGA